AUGUGGUCAAAUCUACACUCAACUAUUAUCCAGUUUAUCAUUCUAGGCCUUCUUCAUAUGCCCAUAUCUUUCUGUCAAGAUGACGAGCGAUUCAGCAAGUGUAGUGAGCCAAUUCUCUGUGGUGACAUCGAAAUAAAUUACCCUUUCUGGGGAGGUGGUAGACCAGAUUACUGUGGUCAUCCAAGUUUCGAGAUCAACUGCGAGAGUAACAUCCCGAAUAUUGCUAUUGAAUCAACGUCAUAUAAAGUGGUAGGGAUCGAUACUCCUACUCGAAUACUAACCUUGGCUAGAGAUGAUUUACUGAGCAAUAUUUGUUUGAACAACCCUGAGAACGCCUCCUUGGAUUUAAACAUUUUCAGCUAUGUUUCCAGUGACCAGAAUAUUACUCUGUAUUAUGGCUGCACCUUCUCUGGUCCGCAAAUACCUACUCGGCGUCCGAAUAUGUUCAGUUGCCCUAGCAAUAUAUUUGGUAUAUACACUAUGAUUGGCGUAUCCUUCGACUUCUCUAUAGUGAGAUGCGAGAAAGAAAUAAUAACUAGGAUCAAUCAAACGAGUGCUGUGGCAUUAGCCAGCGCUACAGCAACUGUUGAAGUUCUGAAAUCAGCCAUUUCUGGCGGGUUUUCAGUUAAUUGGAUGGCAAAUAUCGAUUCGCCAUGCGAGCAGUGCGGCAGGUCAGGUGGAAGAUGUGGAUCCAACCCAGAUUCCGCAGCCUUUGCUUGCCAUUGUGCCAAUGCUACUCAUGCUUUCAACUGCACCGACGCACCACACAAUUUUGAGUACGGCCGCACAAAUCAUGCACACUGA